AUCGUCACCCGUCUCCGCCAUCCCUCGAUCUUCCUUCCCGCGAGUAUCAGUCCCUGCUCUCUCAAGAUGUCGGACGUACGCCUCAGGGUCCAAAGAGAUGACGGUCCGCGAUGCACUCAACCAAGCCAUGGCGGAGGAGAUGGAGGCGAACCCGAAGGUCUUCGUUCUCGGUGAGGAGGUGGCACAAUACAAUGGCGCUUACAAGGUCACAAAAGGUCUACUUGACCGCUUCGGCGAGAAGCGGGUCAUCGACAGUCCCAUCACAGAAUCCGGUUUCGCCGGUCUGACCAUCGGCGCCGCCCUGGCCGGUCUCCACCCGGUCUGCGAGUUCAUGACCUUCAACUUCGCCAUGCAGGCCAUCGACCAGAUCAUCAACUCCGCCGCCAAGACCCACUACAUGUCCGGCGGCAUCCAACCUUGCAACAUCACCUUCCGCGGCCCCAACGGUUUCGCCUCCGGUGUCGCCGCCCAACAUUCGCAGGACUAUUCGGCGUGGUACGGCUCGAUCCCGGGCCUCAAGGUGGUCGCGCCUUACUCUGCAGAGGACGCCAAGGGUCUGCUCAAGGCCGCGAUCCGGGACCCCAACCCGGUCGUCGUCCUGGAGAACGAGCUCCUCUACGGUCUCUCAUUCCCCAUGAGCGAGGAGGCCCAGCGCGAUGAUUUCGUCAUCCCGUUCGGGAAGGCCAAGAUCGAGCGCGCCGGCAAGGACCUCACCAUGGUGACCCUCUCGCGCUGCGUCGGCCAAUGCCUCGCCGCGGCCGAGCAGCUGAAGAAGCAGUACGGCAUCGAAGCCGAGGUCAUCAACCUCCGCAGCGUCAAGCCCCUCGACGUCGAAGCCAUCGUCACCUCCGUCAAGAAGACCGGCCACAUGAUGGCCGUCGAGUCCGGCUUCCCCAGCUUCGGCGUCGGCGCCGAACUCAUCGCCCUCACCGCCGAGUACGCCUUCGACUACCUGGACGCCCCGCCCGUCCGCGUCACCGGCGCCGAGGUCCCCACCCCCUACGCCCAGAAGCUCGAGGAGAUGAGCUUCCCCACCGAGCAGCUCAUCGUGGAUUACGCCGCCAAGCUGCUGCGCGCCUGAAAGUUCUCCGUGGUUUUCCGGCGACGCAUCUCCCGGGAGGAGCAGGCGGUCAUGUAUGUCUCACAGAAGGCGGGACGCAAUGGGACGCAAUGGGGGAGGGGGGGGAGAAGGGAAGUGAAACCCGCAUCGCCUCCAGGGCUCCGCCGCCGCCGCCGCCGCCGCCGCCGCGAUUCGAGCCUUUCCUCCUCUCUUUCCCGCGCGGCCGGGGGGAAUGAUCAUGUCUUGGUUCCCGCAUGUACACUUUUUGGUCGUGUUUUUUCCCGUUUUUACUCAGCAACUUUCCACCAAAU